AUGAAGAAUGAUAAUCAUAUAAGUUAUCAUGAAUAUAAAAGGAGGCUAAAAAAAAUUACUGAAGAAAUAAAAAAAGAAAAAAAAAAGACUAGUAACAAAAUUAAAAAAAGUGAAAAUUUAUUGAAACUAGAAGAAGAGUUGAAUAAAUUGAAUGCUUUAUAUAAUAAGGAAAAUAAUAGUGAUUGCCAAAAUAAAAAUGAUGAUGAAAAUAUAAAUAAUUUAAUUACUGAUAAUUUAUAUUUAUAUAGUGAAGUUUCUAAAAAAACUUUAAAAAAUAGGAAUAAAGUGAAACAGAGAGAAUUAGAAGAAUUAAGAAAUGAAAAAUCAAAAAAUAAAUUUGGAGAAAAAGAGUAUGAAGAAUUAUUAGAAAAUUUGAAGAAGUUAAAUAAAACAAUUUUUCCUAUUCCUCCUGACGGAAAUUGUUUAUAUGAAUCAAUUUUACAUCAACUUAGAGAAAGAAAUAAAAAUUAUAAAUAUAGUAUAACUGAUUUUUUAAAUAUUAUAAAUAAAGAAAAUUUCUCAUUAAGUAAUGUUGACUUAAACGAUUAUAAAGAUAAAAAUAAUUUUGAUUUUAGUAUUUUUCCUAGUAUAAAUCCAUAUGAUUUAAGUAACGAUAUUUUAAGAUUCGUUACAUCAGUUUACUUAUUGCAAAAUAAAUCUUUAUUUAUGGAUUUUAUUUAUUGUAAUCAAAAUAAUACAAACUGUAAUUCAGAUAAUGACCCCUAUUUUGAUUACUGUCAAGAAAUUAUUAAUGGUAUUUACGGGAGUGAAAUUGAAAUAAAAGCCUUAUCAAAUAUUUUAAAAAAAAAAAUUACCGUUUAUGAUGUAAAUAUGCAAGUGUCAUAUGAAGAAAAUUACGACGAAGAAUUAUAUAUAUGCUUUCAUCAUAAAUUAUAUGCAUUAGGCAAGCAUUAUAAUUCUGUUGUAGAUAUAAAAACGUAA